AUGACCGACAAAGCCCAAACCCCUUCGUUCCAGCCUUAUACCCUCACGCCUCUAGACCACUUGCUCCCUCCAUAUCAUGUAUUCGCUUAUAUGUCCUUUCGACCUGAACAGCCGUCUGAGGCAGUUGUCGCGAUAGAGUCGGAUGCUUUGGCCUCACCGGUCAUCGAUUAUGAAAUGCUACACAUUCCGACAACAGUCUCAAAUUCUCAACCAAUACCUGCUGUGCGAUUUCAGGCCAAUGUCAUGCGAGACGGACUCAUCUUAUGCCUCGCGUGGCAUCAUCAGGUAAUGGAUUCAGUAGGCGUCACCGUAAUUUUGCACGCCCUGUCUCGGUUUUGCUCUGGACCGGGUCGAAAGAGCGCCGCUCCCGGGCGUCUUCCGAUGAACCUCGAAAAAGAAGAGCAGACAAGGCGGAGGAUAAAUAAAACUACCACCAACAGCAACCAUGACCUCGAGGAUGCAUAUCACAAGACUCGCUACGAUUAUGGGCUGCAUGAAUACCAGUCCAAGUCAGUCAUCUGUCGCCGUUAUACUAUGCAUACAGACAGAGUGAAUUGUCUUAAAAAUUCGUGCGACAAUUUUGCCCACGAGUUUGCCAAGGGCCAUUCAAUGUCACAGGAAAAUUCACCAAUUGAUAGCCAGUACAAACUUGACAAUAUCUCAAGUGACGAUGUGGUGACUGCUCUAGUAUGGCUUUGUGUAUCCCGUGCUCGUCGUCGGGUUGCUUCCGAGCUUUCGUCAGACUUGCCGCGUGUAUCCUCUUUAUCCAGGUGUAUAGAGGUCCGCUCAAUAAUACAGCCUCCCCUCCCGAGGAGCUACCUAGGAAAUAGCCUCGUGCUGGCAAAAACCCAGUGUGACUGGAACGAUAUCCCUACUCCACAGGAAGCCACCCUCGUAACACGAAAUCGAAUGGACGAAGAAACAAUAAAUGCACUGCUCAAGCUAGCCUUGAUGUCUCGAGUCAAAUGCAAUUCUAUUCAUGACGAGCAGAUUCGCGGCCUCAUAGGCCGUGUGGAAGAGUGUGAUGGCGACUCGACAGUUUGUGGUGCCCCUUCUGGGGUCACGAUGUCCAGCCUUCGAAAAGCCAACAUCUUUGCCUCCGACUGGGGCACGAAACUGGGGCCCCUGCUGGACUUUGAUACCAUCGACUGUCGGAUUGAUGGGAUGACUCUGAUUCUACCUGACAAGAAUCCUCCAAAGAGAGGUGAAAGCGCUUGGGAAGUCCGCGUGAAUCUGUCUGUAGAAGUCAUGGAAGAGUUCGGGAAAGAUGAGCUGUUGCUUUGGGUCACAGAGGCAGAAAAGCCAGGAGCCAGGCUAUAGUUUUACAGGCAUUAGGUAUCCAUACUAGGUAUUCAUUUGCAC